AUGCCAGCAGAAAGGGCGGGCUACACCGUUACAAUGUUCCUCAUCGACGUCUCCCGUUCGAUGGGGACCGUCCGAACCGUCGACAGAGAAGACCCUGACGGGAGCGCCCGCGAGAUCGAAAUGACAAAUUUGGCAUACGCUCUCCAGUAUGUGAAGCUCAAAAUACAAGAAAUGAUCUUCAAUGGCCGGAAGACCGACCAGUGUGGCGUCAUCCUCUUCGGCUCAGAGGAUACUCGAAACAUCGUCAAUGCUGCAAACGGAGGUUAUGAAAACGUAUAUGAAUAUAUUCCAAUUGGUCAACCCAACGCCGGAACAAUCGCCAAGAUAGACGCUCUUGAGCCUUCAACGACAACAGGGGAUCCAAUCGAUGCCUUGAUUGUCGGAGUCGAAACACAAGCCCGAUACCUCGCCAACAAGAAGACAUGGACUCGGAAGAUAGCUAUCAUCACCGAUGGCGAGAGUCCCAUCGAGGUCGAAGACUGGGAAGCCACAGUUGCAAAGAUGGAUUCACUCAGCAUUAGUCUGAUUAUCGUCGGCGUCGACUUCGAUGACGAAUUCCUUGAUUACACUGAAGAGGGCAAGAGCAACAUCAAGGCUGCCAACGAAACGUUUUAUCGAACGCUCACGUCGAGCAUGGCAGACGGUCGCGGUGUUGUCGGGAAUUGUGAAUAUGCCCUUCAAGAUGUGUCCAGACCAGAGGUUAAACAAGUGCGUUCUACCUUGAUGGCAACUGUUCUGAGAAUCGGGGAUGUCAAUGCUCGCCCUGGGGAGGCCAUUGAGUUAUCUAUCAAGACAAGCAAAUGCACAGCUCUUGUCAGACCUAAGAGCUGGAAGAAAUUUGCGCUAAGAGAAAGCAACAAAGACAAAAUGGAUGUUGAUGAAGAGGAAGAAGCUGAAUUGUCGGGAAAGAUUGCCUACGCUUCAUUGAAGAUGAAAACCGACUGCUACAUUAAUUUAAACGCGAUCAAGGAAGAUGAGGAUGGUGAUAUCGAAAUGAAGAAAGAAUACGACGACGAGAGUCUUUUGGACCCACAGCCAGACCAGGGAGAUAAACCAAAGACAGACACUCUUGAGAGGGUGGAAAAGGAGGAACUUGUCCGAGGCUUCAAGUAUGGGACGACUUAUGCGCCUUGUCCAGAUGGACAAUUCCCUAAGUUACCUACGCGUAAAGGGAUCGACAUUUGCGGCUUCUUCCCUCAAGAAAAUUUCCGUCGAGAGCUGGCCAUGGGAGAAAUUCAGUACAUUUGGGCGGAUCCGUCCUCUCCCCAACAGCAAGUUGCUCUGUCUUCCAUUGUAAAGGCAAUGCAAGGCGGUUUCGAGAUUUGUGAUGAGAAAACAAAGGAGAAGAAGGAGACACGAUCACUCUUGGCUAUCGCUCGAUGGGUUACAAAGGAUGGCAUGGACCCGAAGAUGGGGAUUCUCUGGCCGAAUAGCUUUGACAACGUAGAUUGCUUGCUUUGGUGCCCUAUGCCAUUUGCGGAUGAUGUGAGGAAGUAUACAUUCGCCUCGCUCGACAGGCUUGUCAAUAAGAAGGGCGAAGUCCUCACAGAGCACCCGUACCUACCCACAGACGAGCAGAUGGAAGCAAUGGAUAGUCUUGUGGAUGCCAUGGACCUUAUGGACGCUGGUGAGAAGGACGAGGAAGGGAAUCGAUUACCAUGGUUCAGCACUCCAGAGGCUUUCAACCCUGCUGUCCACCGAAUCAAGCAGGCGAUGUUCCACUGCGCUGUAUUCAAUGAUAUCACUUCCAACCCGGUCCCUCCGCCACAUCCCGAUUUAUUAGUGUUCUUUGAGCCGCCGAAGCGAGCUGUGAAGAGAGCCAAAAAAGCUCUACAGGAAUGUAAAGACAUUUUCAAAGUCAAAGAAGUGCCCAAGAGAGUUGGCAAGGCAAAGAAAGAUGGACACGCGCAUGCGCAAGACGAAGAUGACAACUUGCUGUUGCUCGAUCGCAAACAGCCUCUAGACAAGACCCAGUCGCAGAUGAGCAUAGUGGAAGAUUCAUCCAUCUCAUCCCCCAACAAAAGCAAACAACCACUAGCUGAUGACGGUAGCGAGACAGAAGAAGAGGAUGAAGAACUCCUCCUUGACAAGAAUACGACCAUGUCUGAACAUCGUAAGGAUGGCCCUCUCCCAACACCUGCACGAUCUGUCUCUCCACACGUCGAUCCGGGACGAGCGCCUGGUCGAAUCAUCGGCAAUGCCUAUCCACUCAAAGACUUCAGAAAGAACAUCGCACAAGGCGACGUCGUCACGAAAGCCGUCGAAGACCUCUCAGCAGUCAUUUUAGAAAUUGUUAUGAAGCCCUUUGCAUCGAGGCGGAAGGACGAGAUGCUGGAAUGUAUGGGAGUUUUGAGACAAACCUGUCUGGAGGAGGAUGAAAUUGAUGCCUGGAAUAGCUUCGUGCAUGAAAUCAAGGGCAAAUGUUUGUCGAAACCUGGGAAUCCAAGUUUCUGGGAAGCAGUCAAACAAGCCGGACGAGAGCUGAGCCUGAUAGGCAAACAGGAGGCAAGAAAGCAAGGUGGCGACUCUGUAGUGACCGAAAAUGGGGCUGAUGAAACGAGUUGA